UUAUAAGGCGGUAUCCCUCCACCACCGCCACCUUCUUUCUCGAGCAAGUCUCGAUCACUGCAUCUUCGUCCUCUUUUCUUCGUCACAUUCCUCACAUUCUUUUGCUUACGGGUUGAUCUCGUAAUCCCAUUCAUUUAACCAUGUUCUUCAACACAAUUGCCCUCACCACUGCCUUGCUGGCCGGAUCUAGCAUGGCUGAGAUUAUCUGGGAUGGUCGUUUCACCGAGACCUCUGCUGCAGAGAUUGGCAAGUGGUCUUGGGAGAAUCAAGUCGGUGCUUACCAGUACUACAUCCACGGAUCUGGUGCAACCACCGACUACGUCAACAUCAGCCCCGACUAUGUCAACCCUGCCGACAAGUCCUCCUCGGACGGUGCUCGUAUCACUGUUGACGGCACCUCUUCAUGGAACGGCCAAACCAUGAUGCGCACCGAGCUGAUCCCUUCCACCAAGGCCGCCAUCAACAAGGGCAAGAAAUUCUACCACUUCAGUCUUAAGCGUGCUGCUGAGAAUGCACCCGACGCUACUGCCGAGCACCAAGUCGCCUUCUUCGAAUCCCACUUUACCGAGCUGAAGUACGGUGUUGACGGCAGCGAUGGCAAGCUCCAAUGGAUGACCGAUGGCAAAUCUCAAUUCGACAUGGACUUUGACGCCGAUGUGUGGCACAACGUCGCCUAUGGUAUCGACUUCGACGCCAAGACUGUGGAAUUCUACCACUCCACUGGCGCUGAUGAGUUGGUUUCCAAGGCAGGGCCUUUGAGUGCUGCUGUUGCUUCUGACGGUGCUGAUUGGCACGUUGGCGUGUUGAAAUUUUCUCAGACAAAGGAGGACUGGUUCUUCAGCAGUGUUUACAUUGAGGAUGGCGAGCUUACUACUUCUGUCUCUGGGCCUGGUGGCGAUGCCGCAACUCCUUCCAAGGCGUCUUCGGCUGUUGCUGAGUCGUCUGUUGCUCCUGCUACUACGUCUUCUGCUGCUCCUGCUUCUUCGUCGUCCGCUGCUGCUAUUUCUUCUCAGGCUGCUGUUGUGAAAACCACUUCUUCCGCUGCAGUUGUUGAGACUUCACCUUCCGCUGCUCCUUCAUCUAUGGCUGCACCUUCAUCCGUCGCUGCUGUCUCCAGCUCCUCCAGCGCUGCUCCUACUACUCUGCAGACUAUGAUCCGCCCCACCAUACCCAGCUCGAGCGUCGCUGCUGCCGAGACCACUGCUGUAGCUAGCUCUUCAACGGUUGCUGCUGUUUCGACCUCUGCAAGCGAAGCUGCUCCUUCUUCCACCGAUGAUGGUUGUUCGGUUGAAUACGUUUACGUUUAGAAAGUCGCAAAGGCUGUAUAACUCAUAUAGCGAGGUGCGAUUUUCUUUCCGCCUCGGUCGCCAUUCUGAAAAUUCAUCACUUUUGGGCUUUGGUUCUGUUGCCAACUUCUCGUGUUGAGAGUGUUCCUUCCUUUUCUUACGUUUGGGUUAUAUUGAUU